AUGGAAGUGGACAUCCGACAGCUAUACGACAGCGACCCACGACCAACCUUCAUCGUCGACUGCGAAGCUCAGACGACGACUAUCUGUCAUGUCAAUACCGCCUUGCUUGCCAUACCACAUAUUGCAUCGUCGCUGCACUCGCCUUCAUCGCUGAGAGACUGGUGGGAUCCCGCAAGUAGGGUCGCAGCUUGCCACCAAGAGGAAUUCCUGCAUGGACGAUAUAGAUGGGCCAAGUUCACUGCAUGCAAGCGCUGGCUAAUUGUCACCAUCGUCGAACAUUCAGCACCAAGCGACGAGCAGUCUGGUCGUCUGCAAGAGCCUACACAGGUGGCGCGAGGGAGAUUGUCGUCGCCUCAUCUGCAACCAGUGCGAGACAAUAUCUUUACUGUCAAGAUACAGUCGCCAGAGCUACGCGAGCAUGUCGAGAAUAUACGGAACGUCAACUGGUCUAAGACAUCGCUUGGCCCGAUCAGUUCUUGGAACUAUGAGCUCAAUGUUGUGGUCACCACUUUAAUGCUAGAGACACGCCCUACAGCCCUCUUCCUUGGCCCCGAGCACACGAUCUUAUACAAUCUCGCGUAUGCCGCAGUCAGCGGCUCGAGACAUCCUGCGAUCCUCGGUCAGAGUAUUAUUGAUGCCUGGCCUGAACUCGCGGACCCUGUAAACGCUACAAUGGCUCGCUCGGAGAGCACACGGUUUGCAGACGCCCCCGAAGAGGAGUAUCAUUUCAUGGUCGAACGUUUCGGCUUCGUUGAGGAAGCGUUCUUCAAAUGGAGCCUUGUGCCGCUUGUUGGUGUUAAAAUAGACGGCAUGUAUUCCAUCGUCACUGAGAUUACGAAACAAAGAUUGCUGGAACGCCGCGUUGAUGCUCUACUCAGAGUUAGUCAGAUGACUAGCAAAGCGAGAAGCACCAAACACUUUUGGCAGAGUUUGGCCGACGCUAUCAGGCCUUACGAAUACGACUUUCCAGCUGCCGUUUUAUACUCUCGGUGCGAGCUUCUCGAUCCGAUAGACUCUGCCUCCCCACCGAAAGGGCCACUAAAUGAAUGUACGCUAGAAUGGUCUAUAGGCUACAAACCUAAUCAUCCGGCCAUACUUCCGCAUUUGGACCUGGACAGUGAUCUUGGCUUAGCUCGCGCCAUGCGCGAUAGCGCCAGAGGUGAGACUGCACUGUCGUAUCAGGAAGAGGAGGGCGUGUUGCCAUCUUCCUUAUACCAUGACCUUGAACAGCGGGCGUUUGGGGAUUCAUUGAGGUGUUUUCUUGUUACUCCAGUUAGGACUUAUGACGAAACUAUCGUGGGAUACCUUCUAAUCGGCUUGAACACGCGACGACCCUACGACAACGAAUACAAAGCUUGGAUAAAAGUGUUCUCGAAUCUGCUGGGUGCUUCAGCGGCCUCAGUAGCGCUUCAUGAAGAAGAGAUCCGGAAGCGCAAACGUCAAGAGGCUCAGGCCGAAAGAGACCGUGCGGCCCUUAAUGCCGAAGUUGCAAACCUGACACAAGAAGCUAGUCACGUAGCUGAGAAGCUUCGCAACUUCCACGAUAUCGCAGAUGAAGUCGGUCUAGGGUACUUUGAGAUCGACAUUAAUGGUAUACUACUACAUGCUAAUGAAACGUACUUCACUCAAACCGGACAACAGAGAGACCUCCUCAAAGUGCCUCCGUUCGCUUACAAGGAGUAUGUCUUCGAAGGAGAUAUACCCAUGAUGGAUAAUCAAUGGAAAAUAUUGGCCUCUGGUGAACCAGCGACGUUCGAGGUUCGAUGGAAGAAGCAGCCAGAAAAACACCGUGAUGGCGAAGAAACUAUCGACAAUUAUCUUUGGACAUUGUCAGCCUGUGUGCCGAUCAAAGGCGUAAACGGAACAGUUACAGGUGUCUUCGGAUGCAACACAGACAUUAGUGCUCAAAAGGAGGCGACAAAAGCUGUCCUAAUGCGAUCGGAGGCAGAGCGACGUUUGGCCAGCUUUACGGAACUCGCGCCUGUGGGUCUAUAUCACCUGAAUCCAGAUUUAACGAUGAAGUACUGCAACGACCAAUGGUUUCACAUCACGGACCACCCCAAAGUACCGAUGGGCCAAGUGGACUGGCGAAACAUAGUCGACGAGGAUAUGAUAGACCGUUGCUAUCAUGACGUUGAGGUCACAAAACGCAAGCAGGGGCCGCAUACUUUCACAAUACAUCUCAAGAAAAAGUGGACGGGGCCCGAUGGUAUUCAGACACCGACCUGGAUUCUUGUUAGCGCUACUGCCUACACCGACGGGACCAUCAUGGGAACAAUGACUGAUGUUAGUCAGAUGGCAUGGGCGGAAGCUAUCCAGAAGAAUCGGGUUGAAGAGGCUCUUGAAUCAAAGAGACAGCAGGAGAACUUCAUCGACAUGACGUCUCAUGAGAUGCGAAACCCUUUGAGCGCAAUGGUGCAAUGUGCAGACUCCAUCUAUUCGUCGCUGAACGACAUGAAAGCUCUCACACGUAAAGAAGCUCUGACAUUUCAACCCGCUAUUCACAGUCAGCUCAAAGAGUUGAUCAGCAAUAGUCUGGAUGCGGUAGAGACGAUACAAGCUUGUGCUACACACCAAAAGCGUAUUGUUGACGAUAUUCUAACACUAUCAAAGCUCGACUCGAAGCUUUUGGUCAUUAGCCCCAUGAUACUACAACCCUCGGUGUUUCUGCAAGACGCUUAUAAAAUGUUCAAGGACGAGGCGAACAAAGCUAAAGUCAGUCUAGAAGUCAGAUGCGAUCCGUCCAUUGAGGAUCUGAAUAUCGACUGGGCGAUUUUGGAUCCGAGCCGAGUCUUGCAGGUCCUUAUCAACCUACUCACCAAUGCCAUCAAAUUUACUCAAGGCCAAGAAGUCCGCAAAGUCGAAGUAGUCAUGGGAGCAUCACGAGAGGUGCAACAGAUGCGCGAUAUUGAGUAUGUGCCACAGGAAUCCGUGCGGAAGAACUUUCUGACACAGGCUGAAUGGGAUCAUGCUGGAGAGGUAUUUUACCUCAACUUCACGGUCAAAGACACCGGAUGUGGUCUUUCUCCAGAGCACAAAGCCAAACUAUUCCUACGGUUCUCGCAAGCAACACCAAAGACACAUGUUCAGUAUGGCGGUUCUGGCUUAGGUUUGUUUAUCUCGCGCGAGCUCACCGAAAUGCAAGGCGGCAGCAUCGGCGUUUCCUCCGUCCAUAACGUAGGAUCAACAUUCACGUUUUAUAUCAAAUCAAGGAGAGCAAAAGCUCCGGAAAGUGCUCUCGCUGCAACUGUCCUUGAUUCGACUGGCGAUCUGCCCCCUCGCACCAAAGCUCAAAUCAUUAGAGAGGACAGCAAGAACCCUGACGUAGUUCCACUCGCUGCGAUACCCCUGGAAGAGCAAGGAAGAGCAAAAGACAUAGAGAGCUGCAAAUACAACAUCCUCAUCGUAGAGGAUAACCUCAUAAACCAACGCGUCCUGUCCGCCCAACUAAAAAAAUUGGGCCAUACAACAUACGUCGCAAACCACGGCUUCGAAGCUCUCUCCCAACUCUCACGCACAGUGUUUUCUGCUUCCCCAAGCGAAUCCCCACCUCUGCCUCUUUCCGUUGUUCUAAUGGACGUCGAGAUGCCCGUCAUGGAUGGCUUGACGUGUACGAGACGGAUACGGGACAUGGAGAAGAAUGGCGAACUGAGCAGGCAUGUACCGAUUAUCGCUGUUAGUGCGAAUGCGAGGAAGGAACAGAUUGAUAUGGCGAAAGAGGCUGGCGUGGAUGAGGCGAUCUGUAAACCGUUUCGAAUUCCAGAGUUAGUGGGAUUAAUGAGGGGAAUGGGGGUUAGGGGGGAAUAA